AUGGAUAUGUUGAGUGAAGAGAUCAGGAAUGAGGAGCUGCGGGAGCUGUUGUAUGUCGAUGAUCCGGUGAUUACUGCUGAAGAUGAGGGGGACCUACAGAGAAGGGUUGGAGAGUGGCAGGAGUCUUUCGAGAGGGGUGGCUUAAAGGUGAUUGUGAAUAAAAUAGAGGUUUUUGUGAGCAGCAGGGAAGACAGAAAUAGAAUAGUAAUGGAAGAAAGAAGAGGCUUGAUUAUAAAACAGGCAGAAAUGUUUAAAUGCAUAGGAUCUACUUUAAGCCAGGAGGGAGGAUGCAAGGUUGACAGUAGGACAAAAGCUGUGAAGGGGGAAUGGAGAGGGGUAACAGUAGUAAGUGAUAAGAAACUGUCAAUCAAGCGAAAAGUCAAGAUAUAUAGCACAGUGAUAGGUCCAGUGUUAAAGUAUGGAUCAGAAAUAUGGGCUCUAAGAAGAAAAGAGGAAAUAAAUCUUGAGAGAACAUAG